GACACUACGCCCGUUACCGACCUCUCUCAGUUAUUAAUGGCAUCGCAUACAUGUUAACGUUUGAAUGUGUAUAGACCGUUCGGACAGAAGAAUUGUUCACCACAGGUGCGGCUACUGAACUGAAUGAUAAGCGGUUAAAUUGACUCCGGCUACUGUGUGAAUGAUGUAGGAGUAUGGAUCGAACCUGCGUAAUCGAUCGAUUCCUGAGGGAUCAAUCGGGCCGUCAGUCUCUUUAUUAACCUGUAUGACCUGUUAUGUGGAAACACGAGUGAAACGGACACGCAGGAGACGCCGUGGAACUGAAAGGUGGUCACUGACAUAAAGUUGACCACGCUGGACUGUACGCCAUAUUAACAAUGAUUGUAUUGGUGCCGUGUUUGUUUGAACUGGUACGAGGAAUAGUUACAAGUUUAUGGAGACGUCCCCAGCGAGUUGAUCCACGUAUUCCAGUCCGUUUGGGUUCCAGCAGCGACGAAAACUGGGGUGUCUCUUUGACACUUCAGAACGGAACGAAAAAGAGGAAAUCAAAACUUUUCGAAGAGUAUGAGUCAAUCAUAAAAAUAUUGAAAAAGUAUGACUUUGAUUUUGAAAACCUUGCCUUCGAGGGAGGAGGGAAUAAAGGAAUUGCGUAUGGAGGAGCAGUUAAGAUAUUAGAGAAGAUUGGAGUUCUGUGGAAAUGCAAACGUUUUGCUGGAAGUAGUGCUGGGGCUGCCGUAGCCUUACUUGUUGCUCUUGGAUAUAGUGGAGACGAAAUCAUUUUCAUGAUGAAAAGAGAUAUUUCGGCGGACAAUUUUAUGGAUUCACGCAGCGGCAGGCUGGGCUUGCUGUACAAUCUAUUCUACCAUCAUGGCUGGCAUCCGGGGAAGAAACUGCACCAGACGCUGGAGUCCUAUGUGGAGCAGGCAACUGGACGCCCACACCUUACAUUCGAAGAGCUUUAUCAAGAGUUUGAUAAGGAAUUAUGUGUCGUCUGCACCAACAUCACCACAAUGUCGGCAGAAUACUUCCAUCCUAAGACCACCCCAGACGUGUCCAUUGCGCUGGCUGUGAGAAUGUCCAUGUCUUUACCGGGUGUAUUCCAACCAGUUAAACUUGAGCGACAUGGAACCACGUACGUUUACGUCGACGGUGGGUUGCUGUGUAAUUAUCCCGUACAUGUAUUUGAUGGUUGGUUUUUGUCUAUGAAACCCAAAGACUCCUUCUUGAAGCGUCUUGAUAUUAGCACAAAACACAAAGCGACAAAUCAGCAUUUUAUGUUUGGAGGACACAAUACUAAAACACUAGGGAUGAUGCUUUAUUCUGGUAACGAAGUGGAGUUCAUGAAGAAUCAGUUUGAAAACAGACUGACAAAACUAGACGAUGACGGUAAAGCGGAGUUUUACUUUGAAAACCCCCGACCAGAUACAAAACUGGCCAAGUUCAAUGGUCCCAUCGUAGAUCAAUAUCUGAAGACGGAGAGAAAAAGGAACCGAAUAUUUGAGGCUGCCAUGCACUUUUGGCAAGCCCUCCGCGAGUGCGAUAAAGACGGGAACGACGCCAUAGAUAAAGACGAACUAAGGAAAGCGCUGCAAAAUGGCAUAUUCACCGAGCACGAUGCCACGGUGCUGUUCGGUAAGACGUACAGCGUGGACCAGAUCUUCCAAGAUAUGGACACAAAUAAAGACGGAUCGAUAAAUUGGCAAGAAUUUUUGUAUUUCAUCGAGCGUCGCAGCGUAGCGUUUAUGUGUUAUGUUCAGAAGCUUUCAAUGAGAGACGUGAAUACCUUCGGGGAUUUCCUCACGUCUGUGCUAGACACUGUAGAAAUCAACGUAAAGCAACUAUAUAUGAAGACUAACGAUGAUGAGCGCACGAUUGGUAUCAACACAGAUUACGUCCAAACAACCGAUUUUUACAUGGAAACUGAGGACAAAGAAUUUCUUAUACGUCAAGGAGCCAUAGCAUGUAUCCAGUAUUUAAAAGCCUACAUUGAAAAGAAUUAUGGUGAAACAAUAUCUUAUCAAUUAGUUACUUGAUCUCGAGAAUACUAAUAGUUUUUCAUCAGUGCAGGGUAACAGAGGUGCGAACGAUGCCCUGCUUGGGAAGUUAAUAUUUCUAUAUUACAAAUUUAAAGCUGUUGAUUCAGGGAGAUGUUUGUAACCAAGCUUUAUAAAUUUUUCUACCAUCAGGAUCGAUUUAAGUUAAUGUGAAGCACAAAAGAUAUUUCACAAAAACAGGAAAGAAUUAAUGGCACCUGUAACAUAACCAGAAUAUGUAUAAAACAGUCUCAGAACGCAUUCAGAACAGUGGACUAACAGAUCCGCGGAGCAAAAAUGGCUUUCCGCCUAAUUCAGGAUUACACACUAAAUAGAUUUCCUGCGGGGAUAACGCAACAAGCAUUCAAGUGGGUCGGCCAUAUUUGAUCCGCGGAUCUGUUAGUCCCCUGUUCUAAAUGAGCUCUCAGACAAAUAUCUGUGAUAUUAAUGCAUUCCUCUUGUGAACAUCCGCUUUGUUGUAAGAAAAAAAUAUAAACCUAACACUGGACUUACCAGGAUGCAACGAUCCAACGUUGUAAUCGGUACCACGAACUUCAACCUGGAAGUGAAUGUCAGUGACCCGUUGUGGUCACGCGACAGGUCAGGUGACUAGGUAUCUGCUCGAGAGCCUUGUCCCACACUUGCGUCACUUAACUGUGAUAUCACACUACUCAUGGGCAAAAUUACGAAUUUAGUUAUUAUGUCCAAUCAGUACUGGAUGAAUGGGAAUUUCUCGCCGUAUUAUCUUCGCCAGGUUUGCACUCAAUUGCCGAACGCACUAACGUUGCGUAUGUAGAGGGUGCGUUUGGAAAUUAUUUUCUCAGGGAUAAUCUUGUUAGCUUUAGAUGACGUUUUAUUUAUUUUUGGUUUCUCUUGGCAUCUCGCGGUGAUUUCGGUGUUCCUUUUUAUAUUUGCAAUAAUUUUUCGCCUGUCCUUUUGUUUAUAAUUUACUUUAUGUCGUAUCAUACCAAACGGACAGGGAAUGUUGAUCAGUAAUUUUGACAUGUGCCAUUUAGUUAAGUAAAUGAAUAUAAGUUAAUGAUUGAGCCUUGAUAAAAUUAUUUGUAUGUCGAUAUUAUUAUUCAAUAAAAAUAUGACGAUUUCUUUCAGUUUCUUCUAAUAGCACAAAUGGCUUUCACAGUGUAUCAUACUAUAAGUAUUUGGUUGGAAAACCCAAAUAUUUUCCUUCACGCCCCCUACUCCGUCCCCAUUGCAUUGAAUUUGCUUUUAUUA